AUGGCGCAGCGGGAUCACAAGCAGGAGGAGCCCACGGAGCUGCGGGCGCCGGAGAUCACGCUCUGCGCCAACAGCUGCGGCUUCCCCGGCAACCCGGCCACGCAGAACCUCUGCCAGAACUGCUUCUUGGCCGGACCAGCGUCCACGUCGCCUUCUUCCUCCUCCUCUUCUCUGCCGGGCGUGUCCGCGCCGACCCCCGUCAUCGACAGGCCUAGGCCGGCGCCGUUGGAGGCGGAGCUGGCACGCCCGGCAGUUGACCGCGCUCCGGCGACGGAGGCGAAGCCGGCGAGGACGUCGGUGAACCGGUGCUCCAGCUGCCGGAAGCGGGUGGGGCUGACGGGGUUCCGGUGCCGGUGCGGCGACAUGUUCUGCGGUGAGCAUCGGUACUCGGACCGGCACGGGUGCAGCUACGACUACAAGGCCGCCGCCCGGGACGCCAUCGCCAGGGACAACCCCGUGGUGCGCGCCGCCAAGAUCGUCAGGUUCUGA